CAGCAUACAGUAGGGAAGUAAAGGCACUUCCUCCUUCCUACCAGCCGCACUGGUUGCGCCCAAACUAGUUUAAUAGGAAGUCGGAUACUCGUGUCAGUGGGGAUCCAGCAGCUUGUCAUGAGUUGUUUAAACUAACUUCUUUGCGUCUCUACCGACAGCCAAAUGUUACCAAGUUCAAUCCGUAAAAUCAUCCAGUUAUAGUGCGUAAAAGUGGUCGGAGCGCAGCCCUUUCAGCCACAAUGGCUGCGACGUAGCGCAACUUUUAGAUCCACGGUGGAGGAACGACAGCGCUCCGAGGUGCUGCUAACCUUUACACACUUGCAGGAGACACACAAGAAAAAAACAUGAAGAAACAGUUUAAUCGCAUGAAGCAACUUGCCAACCAGACAGUUGGAAGGGCUGAGAAAACUGAGGUGCUAAAGGAUGACCUCCUACAGAUCGAGAGGCGGUUGGAGUUGGUGCGUUUGGUGUCACACAACACACACAAGAGGCUGGUGUCCUGCCUGCAGGGUCAGCUGGGCACAGACACAGAGAAGAGACAUAAAAAGCUGCCCCUGACAACGCUGUCCCAAGCCAUGCAGGAGGGAGGCAGUCAGCUGGGAGACGAGAGUCUGUUUGGCAAGAUGAUGGAUGUGUGUGGGGAGGCUGAAGGCAGGCUAGCGGCUGAACUGAUGCACCAUGAAGUCCAGAUUGAGAGAGACAUCCUAGAUCCUCUCAACCAGCUGGCUGAGAUCGAGAUUCCCAAUAUUCUAAAACAGCGAAAACAACUUGCCAAACUGGUUCUGGACUAUGACUCGGCCAAGACGAGGUGGUUCCAGGCAACAAAGUCCAACAACCAGGCUAUGGCAGCUAAGACUGAUUCCCUUAAAGACGAGAUGGAUGAGGCUCUCAACAAAGUAGAAAUAUGCAAGGACCAGCUCGCUGCAGACUUGUACAACUUUGGAUCCAAAGAGGGAGAUCAUGCACGCUAUUUUGUCAUGUUAUUAGAGGCGCAAGCAGACUACCACAGGAAGUCUUUGGCAGCUCUGGAGGCAGCUAUACCGACUAUCCAAUUACAGCAAGACUGCUGGAUGGAGAAGCCAGCAUUCGGCAUGGCUCUGGAGGAGCACCUGAAGAGGAGUAACCGUGAGAUUGCACUGCCUAUGGAGGCCUGCGUCAUGAUGCUGCUGGAGACCGGCAUGAAGGAGGAGGGUCUCUUCAGAAUAGCUGCCUGAGCUUCCUAACUGAAAAAGCUCAAAGCGGCGCUGGACUGCUCCACCUCGCAACUUGAGGAGUUCUACUCUGAUCCCCAUGCCGUCGCUGGAGCCCUGAAAUCCUACCUCAGGGAACUUCCUGAACCUCUAAUGACUUUUGGCCUGUACGAUGAGUGGACACAGGCCUCUAAUGUGUCUGACCCUGACAAGAGGCUUCAGGCCUUGUGGGUGACAUGUGACCGUUUGCCAAAGACUCACAAAGCAAACCUCAGGUAUCUGGUGAAAUUUCUGGCUAAACUGGCUCAGAACAGUGAGGUUAACAAGAUGACUCCCAGCAACAUUGCCAUAGUCCUUGGGCCCAACCUGCUAUGGGCAAAGACUGAGGGGACGUUGGCAGAGAUGGCAGCAGCCACAUCUGUCCAUGUGGUCGCCAUCAUUGAGCCUAUUAUCCAGCAUGCUGAUUGGUUCUUCCCUGAAGAGGUGGACUUCAAUGUGUCGGGUAUGUUUGCCAUGCCCACCCACUCAGCCAUGCCAGACCCCGAUCCCGUUCUGGAUAGGAAACGCCCAGGCAGCCUAGUGGGGCAGGAUGGGGACAGUCACACCCCCCGUAAAGACAGCACUGUUAACAAACAGCCGGAGCCCACUCCACGUAGAACCAACACUGUAAAUAGAAAGCAGCAACAGCUAACCACACCCACCUUCCAACCCCCAUUGCCCGCUCUGGAAGCCGGGGGUCCUGCCCAGCCUGAGCCCCUGCCCCAACUCCUGUCCCCGACUACAGAGGCUGAGCAGCCUGGCUUGAGGGGUGCUAGUAGUGGGGUUGGUGGUGGUCUGGGUGGUGGGGUCCAGGUAGCUACAGUGCAACCUCAGGUUAUAACCCAGCUCAGCGCAGAGGAGAGCAGCCCAGCCCGUGAGCUCUUGUCCACCCCUCCUCCCCAGAGGAAUGGUUCAGUCCAUCUAACAGUAGGAAGCCCCCACUCUCAAGGUGGAUCCAGAGGGCCUAGUCCACACAUGGUUCGCAGAGGCACAAAAAAGCAGGCACCAGCCCCGCCCAAACAGUCCAGCGCCAUUGCUUCUCAGCCAAGCAACACCCAGAUAUCCGGCUCCACUCAUCACCCACCCAUCACCCCUAGGCGCCACCUCGGCAAAGACAGCCCAAUCCAUGCCCCGAGCCACCCGCCUCCACAACCUCCUCAGUCAGAGCCUUCUCCCCCCCGCACUCCCACUCCUCCUGACACUCCGCCUCAUGAUGGAUCGCACUCCAUCCCGCUGUCUUUCUACCCCUCUGGGUCACUCCCUCGCCCCUCCAGGCCGGCACCCAGGCCACGGCCCCGACCCAGCAUGCCGCCACCCCCACAACCUGCAGUCAAUGCCACUGAUGACGGUAAUGGCCUCUGCGGCUCCGCCUCCAAGAUAAUAACGGACGGAGGCCUAUACUUAAAGGGGAUUGGACGAGCCCUCAUCCCUGAGGUGAUUGCGGACCAACAAGGGGAGAGCUCUGCUGGUCAAGAGCCCACCACCACCCCAGCCCAGCAACUAAACCCUCAGAUCCAGACAGAGUUUACCGCUCUGUGAAGAAAAAGAGGGAUCGCUCUCAUCAAAAUCUUCCUUCACACAGCUGGUUCAUGUAACAGAUUUGAAUGUUUUGAUUCAAAUAUUGACUGGUAACUCAAACGCUUUGGUUCACUCCAGCUCCUCCUGCUCCACUCACAGGAUGUCAGAGUGCUUUCUGGAGGAAAAACUGGCUGCCUUUUCUUCUCUUUUUCUGAGAUUCAAACCAAAGACCUCAAAACCACAAAACUCAUGUCCAGCUAUUAGCUUUAUAUCACUCUCCUUUUGUUCUAAAUACUGCUGGGUAUUUGCAGAUUGGAUGGCAGGACUGCGGAACGCUUAUUGGACAUAAUCUGAAUAUACUGUAUAGUAGCUCAACUCAACAGGUGCUAAGAUUUCACUUGUCUCCUUUUUUUUUUUUUUUCAAAUCUUGCUGUCGAUACUAUAAAUUCAGUGCUAUGAAGGUUUUUGGAGACAGAAAUCUGUGGUUUUAGCACCACAUAGACCCGACAACUAGUAUUUUAUUCAGAAAAGUUGUGUGGAGAUAUUUGAGUGCCAGCCACUGACGAUCUGUUUGUAAUUUUCCAAUUUAUCAGUUUCAACUGUUUUUUUUAGAAGGGCUUUUCAAUAAUUGUCAUACACUUCAGCACCGCACUAAACAUACUAGUGUAAAGGACCAAAGAAAUGGAAAUGGGCCAAAGGAAAUUAAAUAAAGAUUUAGAGCUGCUCGGCUUCAAUUAUGGUUGUUAAUAACAAAAUAUUUUGUGCAAUACAAAAUGCAGUUGUUCAGUGAUGUCUUCGCCACAGUACAUGCUGUAUAUUUUGGUAUUUCAGGGGGUUUUCCUUCUAGUAAUCCAGUGGGUUAGAGUUUUAUUUUGUUUUCUAUUUGAAUUUUGAUUCCAGCUGACCUGAUUUACUUAGAUGAUCAAAGAAUAGCUUUUAUCAUUUAAAGGGAUUGUUUUUCUGGAUUUUUCUAAUCGAUUGAUUGUGAUAAGUGUAUUUUCAAUACAUAGCUUGUAACUGAUCACUCCCGUCAAAGCUAUGACCAAAUACAGCCAAAUUCAUCUUUGUGUAUAAUUUUACUACAACUGACAGUCUUGUUGGGGUGUCUUUCAGCUCUUUGUUUUUGUUUUUUUAUUUCUUCCUAACAUUUGUAAGUGGGCUUUUCUGCACAUAAUGCAUCAUUACACUUGAUAAUUAAAGAUUGUUCAACAUUGUA